AUGGAUCGCAUUUGUAUCGGGUCGAUCCGCACGAUAGGCACGCUGCUGGUGCUGCCCAUCACUGGCUACAUCUCGGACCGCUGGGGCCGCCGCGUGGCGCUCACGCUCAACGCGUUCAACACCGGCUGGAUUGGCCUCGUGCGCUCCUUCGUGCACUCCUACGAGUGGUUCCUCGCCCUAGAAGUUAUGGAGUCUGCUAUAGGCGCUGGCGCCUACUCUUCAUGCUUUAUUUUAGUGACGGAGUUGGUGGGUCCAAAGCGUCGUGUAGCAGCCGGCGCCACGAUAUCGACCAUGUUCGCUCUAGGACAAGUCGUUCUGGGCCUGAUCGCGUGGGGCGUGCGGCCGUGGCGCACUCUGACGCAGGUGCUGUACGCGCCGCAGCUGCUCGUCAUCACCUACUUCUGGAUCCUCGCUGAGUCCGUCCGCUGGCUCAUGAGCAAAGGCCGCUACGAGGAAGCAGAAACUAUCCUCAAAAAAGUCGCCAAAACAAACAAAACAGUGCUUUCUGAGAAAUCCUUGGAAGCUUUCCGUGCCACUGCCGAAGUGGAGAAACAUAAAGAAAAACAGAACGAACAAUGGCUGCCAAUUUUGGUCAUCAAAUCUCCAACUAUCCUGUUGAGAUGCAUCGUGUCACCUAUCUGGUGGAUUACCAACACGCUGGUGUACUACGGCAUGAACAUCAACUCUGUCAAUUUGUCUGGCAAUCAGUUUUUGAAUUUCGUGUAUGUGGCUGCGAUAGAAAUUCCCGGCUUCUGGACCGCUAUCCUCCUACUGGAUCGAGUGGGACGCAAGCCUGUGCUUAUCUGCGCUUAUUUCCUCUGCGCUGCCUGCCAGUUCGGGUUUGCUUUCAUACCUGAUGGUUAUGAAGGUUUAUCAAUGGCGUUGUACCUGAUCGGCAAGUACGCGAUCGCCAUCGUGAUGACAUCAGUGUAUGUGUACACGGCGGAGCUGUUCCCCACCAAGUACCGGCACAGCCUGUUCGCCUUCGCCUCCAUGGUGGGGCGCAUCGGCUCCAUCACUGCUCCGCUCACACCCGCUUUUGCCACGGAGGUGUGGGAGCCGUUCCCGCCGGUGCUGUUCGGCAGCUUCGCGUUGCUGUCUGGGCUGCUGAUCUUCACGACGCCCGAGACGCUGGGCACCAAGCUGCCCGACACUAUGGAGGAGGCCGAGCAACUCAGCGACCGCAAGACACAUAGAUGAUCUUCGAAUAACUUGUACUUAGACUAAAUAUAAAUUAUUAUUAAAAAUC